CGUUGUUGCUACGACUGUUCGUCGUUGCUAAUAGCAGCGACGACACAGCAGCUGCAACGACAAUGAUAAAUUCUCAUCUCCCGCGGCAGCCGCCGCCCACGGCUGGCGGUGGAGGAGGAGGAGGAGGAGGAAGCCGCCGGAGCAUGAAGCAUACAAAGCAGCAGCAUGCAGAUCUCAACUUCAUGAGCAAAAGGAAAGUGCCAAAUGGACCUGACCCUGUCCAUAACCGGAGAAAAGGAGACUCCCAUCGAUCGCCGGGCAGAGAUUAAUUAGCUUGAUGAGAAGUCAUUAGCCAUGCAUGAAUUAAUGGUCUAACCAAGA